GUCAACAGGAGUGUUGCCUGACAUUGAGGAGUACUUCGACAUUGGGGACAGCAGCUCAGGAUUACUGCAGACAGUCUUCAUCUGCUCCUACAUGGUGCUGGCUCCCAUCUUUGGUUACCUGGGCGACCGCUACAACAGGAAGUGGAUCAUGAGCGGUGGGAUUCUCUUCUGGUCCGUUAUCACCUUACUGAGCUCCUUCAUUCCGAAAAAGUUUUUCUGGGCGCUGCUCUUCACCCGUGGGCUGGUGGGGAUCGGAGAAGCCAGCUACUCCACCAUUGCCCCCACCGUCAUCGCUGACCUGUUCGUGGGAGACCUCCGCAGCCGUAUGCUCUCGAUAUUCUACUUCGCCAUCCCCGUGGGCAGCGGCCUGGGCUAUAUUGUCGGCUCCAAAGUCACGGAUAUCACUGACGACUGGCAUUGGGCCUUGAGGGUGACUCCAGCCCUGGGCCUCGUUGCUGUGGUGUUGCUUGUGUUCGUGGUGCCAGAGCCACCGAGAGGGGCAGUGGAGCGACGGUCAGAACGAGCUCUCGUGAACACCUCCUGGCUCACCGACAUCAAAGAACUCUCUAAAAAUUACAGCUUUGUGCUUUCCUCGCUGGGCUUCACAUCCGUUGCCUUUGUGACGGGUACCCUGGCUCUCUGGGCUCCUGCUUACCUUUUCCGUGCCCAGGUAGUGCAGGGCACCAUGAGGCCCUGCACCAAGGGGACAUGCAACUCCCUGGACAGCUUGCUGUUUGGGAUCAUCACCUGCAUCACAGGUUUCCUGGGCGUGGGAGCCGGGGUGGAGAUCAGCAAGAGGUACCGCAAGGUGAACCCGCGAGCAGACCCGCUGGUGUGUGCCUGUGGUCUGCUUGGCUCUGCACCCUUCCUGUACCUGGCAGUGGCUACAGCUGAGGCCAGUACCAUCGCCACCUACGUGUUCAUCUUUAUUGGGGAGCUGUUCCUGUCCAUGAACUGGGCGAUUGUAGCUGACAUUCUGCUGGUGAGUACACAGACUCCAGUUUAUCUUCAUUACGGGACAUUGGCUCCAUCACCCUGCCAGCAUUUAUUACCCCUCAAUAAGGCAGUGUACACAUCCCCCCCCGGUGUGGAUUAAACAGGGACGCAGGGCGGUAUUCUGUCAGUGUGUACACAUCCCCCCCGGAGUGGAUUAAACAGGGACACAAGGCGGUAUUCUGUCAGUGUGUACAUGUCACCUG